UUUUGACUGCGCUCCCAGAGGGCGGCAGGCAGUGCCGGGUUGUUCCCUUCCCGAUGUCUCGAGCAGCUCCUGAUCUGGCGCAGGGAUUUUGAUGAGUCGGUGGAAUGCGUGCAAUUAGGGCAGGGAAAACACCCACGCUGUCCUUGUGGCCUUUGCAAAGGAGCCGUCGGGAAAUAAUAUGCAGUCAAUGGAGCGUGGUUCUGUGCUCCGGUACAAAUGGUGCUUGUGCCAGGGGAGGCACCAGCAGAUGCAAAGGGCUCUGGCAAUGAGUGAAUCCCCAUUAAUUACCAGGGGUGGCCCAUUCAACCCCAAUGUGAUGCAUUCGCCGUGGCCACAGCUGGCUGGCUUUGGUGACUUGGGUAUGGAAUUUGAUGGGAGGGCAAUGGGAAGGCUGAGAAAGGGGCCUGGAAUUGGGACUGGGUGGGUUGAGGAGUGGGUUGGAGGGGUGUGGUGGUCAGUAGCCCUGCCCACAGCAUGGGGCUGGGACCUGGGGGUCCCUCCCAGCCCGAGCCAUUCAUGUCCAACCCAGCACUCCUGUGUGUCCCUUGGGUGCCCGUGACCUUGGCAUGUGCCCUCCUCUGGUGACAGUCCCCUCCAGGGAUGGGACUCAGUAUCCCCUGCCCGGGUGGAUCCUGGUACAGGAGCAUUUGGGGAUGUGGGCAUCACGUGGCUGUGCCCUCAGGUGUCUGUGUGCCCAUGCACGUGGCUGGCAGGAUCACAGUGCCAACGUGCCACUGCGUUUCCGUGCGUGGAUGGAUCCAGACCAGCUCCGGGUGCCCAAACCUCAGCUCCAUCCAUGGCUGAAGCCGUGCUACAAAGAGAGCCAGCUGCUGCCAACAGGUUCAUCGAGACCUGGCGAUGCUCUCAGACAUGAGGUCUGAUUUUUGGGUGGUCUUGUGUGGAGCCAGGGGUUGGACUCCGUGAUCCUUAUGGUCCCUUCCAACUUGGAAUAUUCCGUGGUUCUAAGACCCCUGGAUGGAGGAAGCCAGGCAGGGCGAUGCCCUGAGCGCGCUGUGCGUGAGGACACCUGGAAAGCUGUGCAAGGUCAACUGCAAGAAGGUAAUCGUCCUGCUGUGAUCUCAGGAAGGACCAGGAGAGCUGUUGCAGCAGCUGCUCCUCCCCAAAACGUUGGGGGUGAUGGCGAACCUAUCAACCCCUGCAGCCUGGACCAGAGUCACCCACAGCUCCUUUGUCGCAGACAAUGCUGACAACAACACCUACAGGUGUGUGUUUGAUGAGGACUUCAAGUACGUCCUGCUGCCCGUCUCCUACGGCAUCGUGUGUGUGGUGGGGCUCUUCCUCAACCUGCUGGCCCUUUAUGGCUUCAUCUUUAGGAUCAAGACCUGGAAUGCCUCCACCACGUACAUGUUCAACCUGGCCGUGUCCGACACGCUCUACGUGGUCUCCCUGCCCCUCCUGGUGUACUACUACGCCAUGGGGGACAACUGGCCCUUCGGAGUGGGUUUGUGCAAGAUAGUCCGCUUCUUGUUUUACACCAACCUCUACUGCAGCAUCCUCUUCCUCCUCUGCAUCAGCAUCCAUCGCUUCCUGGGCAUCUGCUACCCGCUGAAGUCCCUGCAGUGGGGACACGUCCGCUACGCCCGCAGAGUGUCGGUCAUCGUCUGGGUGGUGACCGUGGUUUGCCAACUGCCCGUUCUCUUCUUUGUCACCACCAGCAUGAGACGUGGCACCAUCACCUGCCACGACACGUCCAGCAAGGACCUCUUCGGCCAGUUUGUCAUAUACAGUUCGGUGAUGAUGGUGCUUCUCUUCUGCAUCCCCUUCCUCGUCAUCAUCGUCUGCUACUGCCUCAUGGCCCGCAGGCUGUUGCAGCCUACCCGGGGCAUGUCCCGGCUCUCCCGAUCCAAAAAGAAGUCAGUCAAGAUGAUAAUCAUUGUCCUGGUGGUCUUCAGCGUUUGCUUCCUUCCUUUCCAUGUCACUCGUUCCUUGUACUACUCCUUCCGGAGCUGGGACUUGAGCUGUCAGACCCUCAAUGCUAUAAAUUUAGCCUAUAAGGUGACCCGGCCCCUAGCCAGCACCAACAGCUGCUUGGAUCCCGUACUGUAUUUCUUAGCAGGACAAAGAUUUAUGAAGCUCACGGGCAACAAAAUCCCAUGGAAGCUUCAAAAUGAGAUGGCAAUGGGGACUGUGCCCAACGGACCCUUGGGAACCAGCAAUGACACGGACACGACGUCCAAGGACGUGAAAUCCUAGCUCUGCCCCUCACCAUGUGGCAAUGGAAGGGUUCAUCCCACGUGUGAUGGGAGGUGAGGAUGCUUCAGGGCCAGAGGCCUUUGGUGUUUGCAGUGCCUUGGCUCCGAUGAGUAUUGCUGUUUGGAGCACGUAUUUUCAGGGAGGUGCUGCCGUGGUGAUAGGGGCAGGCACCGUCCCUUUGCCUCUUUCCCUGCCUGUUCAUCAACAUGUGGCCUCUCCCUGGCAGUCAGCCUGGGUGACCUUCCAGCGUGGUUGCAAAAUCUGCUAAAAUUCACACCCUGGAUGCCUUAGACUGUUUUCUAAUGAAGAAAACGCUACGUGCAAAAAAUCCCAUAGAGAAAUCAGCCUGCUUUCCUCCAGCUUCCCUGGCACGUGAGGAGUGUGCGUUUAUCAGAAGUCUUUCCAUGCCUUGGCAAGGGAAGAAAGACUCUUGAUUCACGGGGAGUGUCAGCUGUGGUUGUGAUAAACAGGUUGAUAAAAGGUCAAGUGCAAACAGUGCCCGCGGCGGGGACGGGACGCCCGCUGCUUUGCAUCCCUGGGGAGAUAAUCCUGGAAUCAUGAAGGUUGGAAGAGCCCUCCGAGAUCCUCAGGUCCAACCCCAGCCCACCCCACCACACCCCUCAGUGCCCCGUGUGCCCCUUUCCUGAGCCCCUCCAGGGAUGGUGACCCACCACCUCACUGGGCAGCCUGUGCCGACGCAUGGCCACUCUUUCAAAGACUUUUUUCCCUAUUUUCCAACCUGAGCCCCCUCCCUGGUGCAGCAUGAGGCCAUCACCUCUCAUCCUAUCGCUGUUACCUGGGAGAAGAGAUUGACCCCCACCUCGCCACCACCUCUAGUCAGAUAAUGCUCUCCCAACUCCAGCCCCUUUCUGAAGGAUUCCCCGUUAAAAGGGGCGCUGGUGGGGGGCACUCCUCAUCCCACUGGAAUGUUCUGAUACCAGCAAGUGGGUCCCCCAUUUCUCCAUUGAGGUCAACAUCGCAGAGAGCCACUAGUGUUUCCCAACAGCAGCAUUCACGUCUGAAAAGCUUGUAGGAACCAGUGGCUCUCCCUGUGCUGCUGCCUUUAAUAGUCACCUCCAGCUCUGUGAAAGGGAGGGUGAGCUCUUUGUGCCUCAUUUUUACUCUCUUGGUUCCAACAAAGCAUCUCAUGGUUCCAGCAAGGUGGUGAAGACCAUUGCCCAUUCCAUUGGUUCAGUAUUGAUGCAUCCUAUCACUGUUCCCCAUUGUUGCCCAGAGAUGUGGUGGAUGCUCCAUCCCUGGGGACUUACAAGGCGAGGCUGGAUCAGACCCUGGGCAACCUGAUCUAGCUGUCCGUGUCUCUGUUCAUUGCAGGGCAGUUGGACUGGAUGGCCUUUAGAGGUCCCUUCCAGCUCUAAGGAUUCUAUGAUUCUAUGAUUGUCCCACUUGGAGCCACUUGGCAUAUCCCAUACUGACAGCGUGGGCCUCCAUAGGGCAAUAUAUGGCAGUGCUGACUCCGCUUUUAGAAGCCAUGCCUGUAAACACGGUGCUGAGCUUAACCCCAGCCCUGUGGGGUGGAUGUGGGCUUGCACCCCCACCGGUUCAAAGUCAGCUGGAGGAAGGAGCCACCAAACCCUCCACCAGAAGGUCUACGUGGCCCUCCUCUCCCAUUGCUGGGUUAAGAACUGGAGAGCCCAGACACGCGGUUUCCUGGCCCAGCCCUGCCACGAGGAUGCUGAUUCCUCACCCCCAAAAAUGAAAAUUGCUCCUUCUGCAGAACUGGUUGAGUCCUAUUUCAUAAAAACGGCCCAGGCUCUAUUUUAGGGUUAGACAAACACUUCUGGUCCCAGUUUAGGCUGAUUCCUCAGACCUCUUAGUUUCUCCCAUCCCUCCUGCCUGUGAAGUGGCUUGGUGGGGGCAAAGACGUGGAGAUAAAGAAAUAGCUGGGACAUUCCUGUGGUCUCAGCUUGGUGGAACUGUGGUCCCAUGGAGGGCUCCUGUCCUGACCCACAAUAUCACGGGCACAGAAGACAAAGGAGAGGACUGUCUCCAUGCUGAGCACCAUCAGGAAAGGAAAACAGAGCAUUUGUAGGGUGAGUCAUCUCAUCCUGGAGAGGAUUGUUAGAGGGGGUUGGGUUAACAUAGGCGUUGCACCUUUUUCUCCCCGUGGAGCUUCAUGGGAAGGGUUACAGGCAGUCACCGAGGUGAGACAAAUAAUAGAGUAGAAUCAUAGAAUGAUAGAAUGGCCUGGGUUGCAAAGGACCACAGUGCUCAUCCAGUUCCAACCCCCUGCUGUGUGCAGGGUCGCCAACCAGCAGCCCAGGCUGCCCAGAGCCACAUCCAUGAAUCCAAGCGAAGCACUGGGUUGGUACGAGCCAUUCUCUGGGCCAGGUCUUGCCUGCUCACCCACCGUUGCCCAAAAGCAGCGUGAGCACCGAGCUACGUGCUCUGAAUAACUCAAUAAACCGUGCUCCCAGCUCCCUCCUUUGCCCCAAUCGGCACUCUCACCCUCACCACCACCACCGCUAUUGGGGUCCCAAUGGUUCUCCUCCAAUGCGGAUCAGGUGGAGAGCUGAUGGAGAGGGCCCGAUGGAAGUGUACAUACAGGUUUUGUGUUUGUUUGUCGAAGCACUAACUUAUAGACACGCAUGAAGAAGUGGGUUUUGUGAUAAUAGCUGUACAUUUUUAUUUUUGUAACAUGCAGACGUUUCUUAGAGUGAAUAAAUUUAUUUCUAUUGCGA